AUGUUUUAUAAAGAAUUGAUCGAUGGCAGCUGUGAGCAAAACCCAAAAAAUGUAGAAAGAAAUUCCUUUGGAAUAUAUAUUCGGUUAUUGUAUUCUUUUUUUUCUGUGGCAUUGCUGAUUGGUUUUUCUUGUAUAACAAACGGGAGAAAAGGAAUAUUUUAUUUGCUUUUUUCUUUUUGCCCUAGUUUCGUUUAUCUUUAUCUAUUCAAGAAGAAAAUAAAGAAACGAAUAAAAUUUUCACACAUUGUUGAAAUGGUAUUAUAUGGAGCUAUAUCAUCGAUUAUUUUUGCAGGAUUUUUAGAAUAUAUUUUCUCACUUCUAUGUUUUUAUUUUUGUCAUACAUGUUUUUUAAAAAAUGUUAAGGAAUCAUAUUCUUUUGCCUGUUCAAUAGUGAUGCUAUUAUACUUUUUUUUUGGGGUAGCAUAUGUAGAAGAAUUUUCAAAAAUUUGUCCAAUAUUUUUUAUUAAUUCUAAUUCAAUAGUAAAUGAAUACAUAGAAUUGCCUAUUAUUGAAAAUCACAAUUUUAAGAAUGAUAUAACAUAUGAAAACAAUGAACAUAAUAACAAAUUUAAUAAGUUUAAAUAUAUUUAUGUAGAUGAUAAAUUCGAAUAUAUAUUUUUUUCCUUGUGUUCUUCAGCAGGAUUUUCGAGCACAGAAAACCUAAUUUAUUUUACAUUAACAUCAGAACAUAAUUUUUUGACAAUUAUAAUAUUAAGAAAUAUAAUUUGUGUCUUAUUACAUAUGUCCUGUUCAGGAAUAUCAUCCUACAACAUUAUAAACAAUCGAAAUAAUGAAAAUAGAAAAGGAAUAAUGCAAAACAUAUUAUCGAUAUUGAGGUCAUUGUUUUUAUCAUCAUUAUUUCAUGCCAUAUAUGACUAUUCCAUAUAUUGCAGUUCAUUAAAUAUCCCUGAAUAUCAAAUUUCAUUUUUUAAAGCGUUGUUUAUGUAUUCUUUUUUUUCAAUGAUAUUUAUAUUUUUCGUUAUAAUUAAAGGAUCUGUUUGA